CGGCCAUCUUGAAUGGACAAGCCCGUCGCCAAGCAAUUCUCUCGCGAGAUUGUUCGAGACGUGUUCUGUUUCCUGAUCAUUUUCUAUUUAUUUCGGAUUAGUAAUUCUACAUUGCUUGUGACAACGUGUCUGACAAAAUGGCAGUAAACGUGUUCUUGUUCGUCCCUAACAUCAUAGAUUAUUUCCGUGUGAUCUUCGCGUUCAUGUCCUUCUACUACAUGCCCCAUGAUCACGUGAAGGCGUCCAUCUUGUACCUGUUGAGUGGCUUCCUCGAUGCCUUUGACGGCCAUGCGGCGAGAAUGCUCAAUCAAGGAAGCCGCCUGGGUCACAUGUUGGACCAGCUGAUCGACCGGAUCACCACAAUGUGUCUGUGUGGAGCCCUCUGCUUCUUCUACCCCAAGUACAUGCUGUUUUUCCAGUUCAGUAUGGCCCUUGACAUCUUCAGUCACUGGAUCCACGUCCAGAGCUGCAUGCUGGCAGGGAAGAACAGUCACAAAACCAUCGACCUGUCUGGCAACUUCAUUCUACGCCAUUACUACCACAACAGGACAAUUCUGUUUGUGAUGUGUGCUGCCAAUGAGCUGUUCUUCUGUCUGUUGUACCUGACCUACUGGACCCCUGGACCCAUAUUGCCUCUGGGCCCCCUGUCUAUCGGACUGUGGACCCUCCUGCUCUACCUGUGUGCCCCUCUCUCCUUCAUCAAAGCGGGCAUCAGCGGCGUCCAUCUCGUAACAGCUUGUCAAAACCUGGCCAUCAUUGAUGUGGCCGAGCGUGAGUUGGAGGAGAGCAAGAAAGCUGGGUAAAGGGAGACAACUUAAUCAGCUUCAAGAAUCUUCCAUAUGGAUCUCCAUCCACUCUUAACGAAUGUUAUUGUGCUAGUUGUCCCCCUUGUUUAUGUUGUCCA